AUGAUUUAUUUGCAAAAUUAUGUGUUUCCUACUCCUGUUGUUAUAGCUGGUCCUGGUUUUUGGUUGAUCCAAUAUCAAGGUCGUAUGUUUCGUCAGUCUGAAUUGACUUUAAAGGUUAUUGGUCAUCAAUGA